AUGACACCAGCAGCCGAAGGAACGGACGUGAGCGGCGCCCAACUUUCUAACGCCGGCUUUCUACCAUAUUCGUCCAAGCUGCAGGAUGUUGCGGAAUUACUCAUCGAACAUAUUGCCAGGCUCCUUGGAUCGUCCAUCGAUCGCGUCCGCCAUAGCUACGAAAGCCUUGAGCCGGGCUUCCAUCUGGUGUUCAAGAGAGAGCUUUGUCUAAAACACGACAAACUCACGCUGAACGAUCACAAAGGCAAGCGCCCACUCCAACUCAUUGGCCAUGAGAAGCUGGUGCAUGCUGUAGCAGACCCUUCAGAUGCGCUGGAGAUCCUCGCACGACUGCUCGAAAAGGGUCGAGUCGAAGCUGUUAAAGCUGCGAGAAGGGCAGAGAAGGGCCAGCAUGCUACAAAUCCGCUUGUGAUAGAUGUCUCGAACCUGAUUACACAAGCCGAACUGAGUUCUCAGCAUGAUAUUGAGCUCCGCUUCAAUGACCAGGGAAUGGCGGCCUCGUGGAAGCACCCUCCAAACAUCAGCUUGGAAGGUCUGCAAGAAAUCACAUCUCUAAGGGAUCUUCACUGCCACCAAAAUCUGGCCUUGAAACAGCCUAUGGAAUUUUGUACAUUCAUGGGUGGCGGUGGUGGCAGUGAUGUUAUUCAAGCUGCAGCUCUGGCCAAGCUGUUCACGAAAGCUAACCGUAUCAUGAGAGUGCCUGCAGUCAUAUCCAUCAGAGCCCUACUCUCCAAAUCAACAUCAGCUGGCGAAAGGCGAAGCGUCUGGCACGAAGAUGAUCCGAAAUGUAAUCUACUCGAGAGCUCGAAGGGUGACCUGAAGAUAGAGCUCCAUCAUCAAGGUAAUGCACGAUUUGUUGAGGAUGCCAUUGUAGACGACUUCGACAAUGUCCGUCUUGUGGUUGACGACAAGUCACAAGAUGAGCAGCGGCGCAACCGCUACGAAGGCGCUAUCGGGGAGAACGUAGACAGCAUUAUCGUCGUCGACACGGGUGGCGAUGUCCUUGGAGGCAUGGAUUCACACGCCAGCAAGAAGGCUCCCGACCAGGACCGUCGUACUCAACUAGCCACGGCGCAGAUAGCCGCGGCAAAGAACCUUAAUGCAAUAGUUGCUAUCGCCGCCGUUGGGGUCGACGCCCCACCAGAUGCACAGCGCAAACUCGAGGCAAGUGAUGCGGUAUACUACAGGUUCACUGAGGGAGAUAAGAAGUAUUUGAAGGAAUUGUAUUCAAAGUGGCAUUUCAAUGGAACGCCGGAAAAUCUAAAACAACAUCCAGAACACUACGGCAAGACACCAUUUGCGAUGCUUGCUUCCUUCGAUCUGCAGCCAGGCCAGAGGGGCUCUUUUCAUGCGCUGCCUCUGCCGGAGUCAGUCAUCAACGACUUUGACAACCCAUGGGCUUGCAUCACCUGGGUAGCGCCCGAGAUGAGCUGCUUGAUCCUAGUAAACCAAGCCAAACUGCUGUCGGUGAUCGCGCCACAGAGAAAUGACUGA